GCCCUCUCUUACUUGUUGGUGCUCACGGUCCGCAGUGGCCGUGGUGCGGUUGGUGUGUCUCUGCCGCCCCGUCAAGACCGAGCAGAUGUUGGGGGCCAUGGGUCCCCGACAAGCUCUCUGGAGUUGACGAGGGCUCAGAGAUGUUGCACGUUUCCUUCCUUCCGUAUCGGAGCCUCGUGCCUUCUCUCUCCUACCACACGUUUAUCUCCUCGUUUGGUGGGCUGUGUGUUUGGCCCUACGUGAAGAGGAGGGCCCCGCUCUGCACGUAAAUGUAUUCCAAACAGGAUCCCGUAGAAACCCUUUUAGCGCAAAGCCGCCUCUUCUACCCCACAAAGUCGCCGUCCGGUCGGAACCUCAAUAGUACAGGGAGGCGACCGAGAGAGGAGCCGGGACCCGGGAGGGGCUGGAGGUGAGCUGACCUUGCAGGUCCCCUGCGGGAAGAAAGACUUUCGGGAAAGGCGUGUGCGAGGCGGAGGUGCAGAAGCGUGAACACCGUGCCUUUGUCCCUCCUCGUUCCCGGGAAUAUGGACUCCAGACACUCCGGACGCGUGGGAUGAGGAGAACUCGGACUUAAAGAUAUGACUGGUAUGAAUCCUCUCUCUCCUUAUUUAAAUGUGGAUCCACGGUAUCUCGUGCAGGAUACAGAUGAGUUUAUUUUACCAACCGGAGCUAAUAAAACCCGGGGCAGAUUUGAACUGGCCUUUUUCACCAUUGGAGGAUGUUGUAUGACAGGGGCUGCAUUUGGGGCAAUGAACGGUCUACGGCUAGGAUUGAAAGAAACCCAGAACAUGGCCUGGUCCAAACCAAGAAACGUACAGAUUUUGAACAUGGUGACGAGGCAAGGGGCACUUUGGGCUAAUACUCUAGGUUCUCUGGCUUUGCUUUAUAGUGCAUUUGGUGUCAUCAUUGAGAAAACACGAGGUGCAGAAGAUGACCUCAAUACAGUAGCAGCUGGAACUAUGACGGGCAUGUUGUAUAAAUGUACAGGUGGUCUUCGAGGGGUAGCACGAGGUGGUCUAGCAGGACUGACACUUACUAGCCUCUAUGCACUAUAUAACAACUGGGAGCACAUGAAGGGCUCUUUGCUCCAACAGUCACUCUGAAGAUUCUGCCAGCUUAUGACUAGAGGACACUUUAGUAGUCAUCCAGAUCAAUUUAUGAGUCCAUCUGGAGUUCUCUUCUAUACCUACAAAUAGUUUGAAAAAUUGUGCAGAUUUCCGAAUUGCUGUGAUGAAGAUGGUUGACUAGACUGGCUUUCCUUCCAGCCAUUAGUGAGUUGAAGCCAAAACCCUUUGGUGGCUGAGUAAUAUGGUUCUUUUUCAAGAUCUUGCACCUGUUCUCUUUGUUACCUCCUGAACUGGAAAACCACUUACUCCCAUCAUUCAGGUCAUUCUUGUUGUCAGUACUAUAUCACCAUGUUUGUUCAUUUAAUGAUCCAAGACUGUAAUAUUGCCUUGUAUUACCAAUAAAGUGUGAAAAACCAAAGUCCACUCCAACGUAAA